CAACCCGGCGUCGGCCUGGAAAACGCCAUUUCCUACAACCGGAACCUCGUGAAGCACGUCAACUCCGGGAAGGGGACGCCAUUGAUGCCCAACCGGACCUUCGAGACUUACGUCUUCUCUCUUUUCAACGAGAAUCUGAAACCGUCGACCUCGGAGCGGAACUACGGUCUAUUCAAACCGGAUCUAACUCCGGUCUACGACGUCGGAAUCCUGCGAAAGCAACCGGCGAUGGGGCCCACGGCGCCGGUGGCACCGUCGGAUGGGGGGAGGCAGUGGUGCGUGCCGAGAACGGACGCCUCAGAUGAAGCGUUGCAGAAGAAUAUUGACUACGUGUGCAGCAGCGGAGUGGACUGUGGGCCCAUACAAGCGGGUGGGGCCUGCUUCGAUCCGAAUACAGUGCGGUCACAUGCAUCGUACGCCAUGAACGCUUACUUUCAGGCCUCCGGCCGCCAUGAUUUCGACUGCGAUUUCAGCCACACCGGCCUACUCACCUCCACCGACCCCAGUUACGAAGCCUGCAGUUACUCGUUGGAGGAGAAAAUGUUGACGGAGAAAUCGACGGCGGCGGCGAAGUGUGGGAUGUGGGGGGCGGUGGUGCGGGCAUGUAUGGCGGUGGUAGCCGGCGGUGUUCUAUUAAUUUAAAAGGAAAGUGCCAUUUGUUUUAUUUUAGGCUUUUUAGGGAAAAUGACCGUUGGGGUUGGAGCUUUUGGGAGUUCAUAGAAUUACAUGUAAUAUUAAAUGCCAUUUGUUUUGUAUUUAAAAUUGGAGGCCUUUUCGAUCUUAUGCAAUUCAAUUCCAACGGCGCUACUUUUUUGUUCCUUUUUUUUUAA